AUGGAUAAUUUUUCAAUAAAGAACAUAGUUGAUAAGGAAUAUAUAUCAGAGUUAAAUAGGAUCUACUUCUCACACGACACACACGAAUGUGCAAGGAUUCCAUGCAAAAACGUUAUUAUUGCUUAUAUUACUGGUAGUUUUGUUCACUAUCCAAGAGAUGCCUUACAACAUCUACUUGAAUUUCAUUUAGGCUGGUGUGUUAAACGUACUUUGCACGGCUGCAACGUAUGUAUCGUUGGAUCCACAAUACGCCCUGAAAUUUGUAACAGAAUAAUGGCUUAUAAUAUCAAAAUUUAUACCGAAUUACAGACUCUGUCACUACUAUCCACCUCCUGUAAAUUUGUCGCUGGUGGUAAAUUCCUAAAAUACAUAAAUCAUAAUACUAAAUCUUCAAGUCCCUUGCAAACUGAUUCAUUUGUAACACAAAAGCCUGUAUAUUGCAAACUAUGGCAUAAAAUAUUCACUCCAAUUAACUUAUGUGACAUAGCGGGACAUCAAGACGAAUUAAUAGAGUUUUACAAAUUUGUAAAGCGAAAAGAGUUGCAUGAACCUGUGCUAAUCAUUUACCCUUCAGGCACUGGCGUAUACAGGGCCAUAGAACUCUGUUUACUAGCACUGAAUUAUGAAUUGGUAUUUAUGGAUACUCUAAAAUCUAAAUCUGGAUUCAAGAAACGUCGAAACUCCAAAUUUAUCCAAAUACCAGCUUAUAAACUGGAAAGGUUAACAACCACUCAAUUACAAAUAUUAUCUAAGUUACAUGAGUUUUCUGUUAUAUUUAUAAAAAGCAAAUAUGAAUCAUUGACAGUUAGAGAUUCUGGGAUUGACACUGUAACCGUCGAAAUACAACUGCCAAUGGGAAUUGACAAAGUACGUUGCAAAAAGUUCAUCUUUUACCCUCCGCCAGACCAGGCACUCAUAUACCGUAUACAGGACAUAUUAGCACAAUUAAAUCAUUAUAUUUGCACUGAAGAUAUACGGCUGCUGCUUGAAUACUGCAAAAGUGAAGGGGUUAGUGACAUAGAAUCAGCACUAUCUCGGUUAAUGUUUAUAUUGGCAGGUCCACCAAAAUCAAACGAAAAUAAUUAUAAAGGUGGUACUAAUUGGUAUAUCAAUAACCAUUUGGGCAACGCAAUACUCUCAAGCGACGAAGAAUUUGAGGCUCCGUUGUCAAUAGAUUCAAUAAAUGACAAAUUUGAAAUUAUAUGGGACAAGUUGUACAAUAGUGAACACAACAUCAUAGAUAUUAGUAAUAGAUUGACCAAAAUUAUGUGGUUUUACAGCGUCUUUACACAAACUGUGGCCUGUGGGCAAGAUGUACCCGUGGAUCACCUUAAGGUGAUAUUGGAUUGCACUACAACCGCAACACGUAACAGCACAACCCAUCAAACCUAUAAUUUUUUUCUAUAA